AUGGACUUCCGAAAUGAAUUUAACAAGGAAUCGGCAGAGCCUUGGCCUGAAAAUGCUGCGCUGUAUCAGCAACUGAAGGAGGAACAAAUUUUACUUUCUGAUAAUGCAUCUUCUCUUGCAGUUCAGGCCUUUCUGCAAAUGUGCAAUCUGCCGGUCCGCGUGGUUUGUAGGGCUAACGCAGAGUACAUGUCCCCAUCUGGCAAAGUGCCCUUUAUUCAUGUGGGAAAUCAAGUAGUGUCUGAACUUGGGCCCAUAGUCCAGUUUGUAAAAGCCAAGGGCCAUUCGCUCAGUGAUGGGUUGGAUGAAGUCCAAAAAGCUGAGAUGAAAGCCUACAUGGAAUUGGUCAAUAAUAUGCUCCUGACAGCGGAGUUGUAUCUCCAGUGGUGUGAUGAUGUUACAGUAGAGGAGAUCACUCACCCGAGGUACGGCUCCCCUUACCCGUGGCCUCUUAACCGCAUUUUGUCCUACCAGAAGCAAUGGGAGAUCAGGCGGAAGAUGAAAGCCAUUGGGUGGGCUGGCAAGUCCCUAGAGCAGGUGCUUGAAGAUGUCGAUCAGUGUUGCCAGGCUCUCUCCCAGAGAUUAGGAACACAACCAUAUUUCUUCAACAAGCAUCCAACUGAAUUAGAUGCUCUGGUAUUUGGACAUCUGUUCACAAUCCUUACUACUCAGCUGACCAGCGAUGAACUAUGUGAAAAAGUGAAAAACUACAGUAAUCUCAUAGCCUUUUGUAGAUGCAUAGAGCAGCAGUACUUUGAAGGUCAUGAUAAAGACAGUUCUUCAAGUGCUACAUCCAGAGCUGCUAAGAGGUCCUUACUGAGAUAAGCAUGUUGUUUGGUGGUCAGGAUUGAUUGCACGUGAAAAAUAAAUAUUAUUUUU